AUGAUCGUUGAGAAGUUCACACCCGAGGCUCUCGUCUCGGCGCCUCGGCGGAGUCCCGCCGUCCCUAACCAUGACGGCACGCUCGCCCUGUACACGUCCUCGACGCACACGAUCGGCGGAGAGACCCUCGACGAGAUCCGAGUCAUCGACAUCGCUACCGGACGGUCGCGCCGGCUCUUCGACGACAGCACGGCACGCGACGCCGCCUGGCUCGGUGACGGCUCCAACACCGUCGUCCUCCUGAAAAAGGGCGGAGCUGGGUUCACAUGGAUCAUCACCAUCGACGCCGGCCAGUUCCCCGCCGUACCCCACCUCGUCGGCCACAUUCCCGCCCCCGUUCAGAGCCUCAAGGUAAAGUACCUCCGGGACGGCUCUGUCGCCUUCGCCGUGGUCGGCCUCGCGGCUGCCGACGGCCAUCUGUUCAAUAGCGAGUCCAACAAGCCGGCUCAUACUGCGAAGGUAUACGAUAGCUAUCGUGUGCAGGAGUGGGACACUUACACCAACCCCCAGAAGUACGCGAUCUUCUACUCCACCCUGGUGAAAGGGGAAGACGGAUGGAGGAUCGCUGGAUCUCUACACAAUGCCCUCGCCAACACGACCCUCGAAGCGCCCGUGAACGUGUACGAACCUGGAGACCCGAGAGACGACUACGAUAUAUCUCAAGGCGGAAUUGUCUUUGCAGCCGGUGACCCCGAUGUUGCGGACCCGUUACUAUCCGGUGUUAGCGAUAUAUAUCACCUUCCUCUAGCUUCGUUUUCUACAGCCAGCGUCCAGGGCCCCCAAAGAGUUAGCGUCCAGAGCGAAUACCUCCUCGGGUCGAGUUUCCACCCUCGGUUCAGCCCCGAUGGUUCGAUGAUCGCGUUUUUGCGGAGUCCAAAGAUGGUCAUCGAGGAGACCAAGAUAUACGUCCACCUCCUCAGCUCCCCGAAAGCCAUCAGCGUGUUUGACAUGAUUACUGGAAAGAUAUGGCCGCUAACUCCCAGCGGGUUCGAGUUCUCCCCGAACGGCCAUUUUCUAUACAUCACCGCCGAAGAGUGCGGGAGGGUCGGACUGUACAAGGUCGACUUGCAGCCGAAUGCCUACCCCGAAACACUGUUGUGCAACGGUUCGGUGACCGCCUACUACCCCCUCAGCCAGGGCAACAACAAGUGGCUUCUCGUCACCAGCUCCAGUCUAGUGGAAAGCUCUCUCUACCACAUCCUCGAGGUCGGCGGAACUCACGACCGCGUGGUCGUAUCAGCGGCCACCAGGAAUGGCGCCAAGCUUGGCCUUUCGCCCAAGCAGGUCUCCGAAAUUUACUUCGACGGGGCCGGCGAUUACUGCGUCCACGCGUGGAUGAUACGGCCCCGCCAAUUUGACGCGGAAAAGAAGUAUCCCCUGGCCGUCCUCGUGCACGGGGGCCCCAACGGCGCCUGGGAUGACCAAUGGAGCACAAGGUGGAAUCCGGUGCUCUGGGCUGAGCAGGGCUACGUCGUCGUGGCUCCCAACAUCACCGGCAGCACGGGCUACGGCCAGCAAUUCACAGCAGCGGUACGAGACAACUGGGGCGGUCGACCAUACGAGGACCUGGUUAAGUGCAUGGACUACCUCAAGCACGUGCCUACGGUCGACGUCGAAAACGCGGUCAUCGCCGGCGGCGGUUACGGCGGCUACAUGAUGAACUGGAUCCAGGGUCACUCGCUGGGCCGCCGCUUCAAGGCGAUAGUCUGCCAGGACGGCAUCUUCGACCUGCCGACGUCGCUGCUGCAGGGCGACCUGCGCGGAGCGGGCAGUGGAAGGGGCGACUUCGGCGGCGAGGAAAGGGGAAGGGCGUCGCCGCCGCCGCCGCUGCUGUGGCGCAACGAAGCCGGGCUCGAGCGGUUCAACCCCGGGCGGGCAGAGCUGGUGCGCCAGUGGCGGACGCCGGCGCUGGUGGUGCACGGCGGGCGCGGGUUCCGGCGGCCGGCGACGGACGGGCUCGCGACGUUCCACGCGCUGCAGGCGCUCGGCACGCCGUCGCGGUUCCUCGCCUUCCCCGACGAGGGACAACAGCUGCGCGAGCCCGAGAACGAGCUCGAGUGGCACCGGCAGGUCUUCCGAUGGGUCAACGGGUAUACUGGGGCCGGGGCCGGGGCCGGGAGAGGUGCGGACGCGAUGUGA